ACUAAUGAUUUUCCAUGCAGAGAAUCACAAAAAUAAUUGCAACAUCCUGGAGGAACUGAUUAGAUUAAAAAUGUUACUUUUCACCACAAAGUUGUUUCCACAGUUUUACUGAUUAUGAUUUUUUUGUGUGCUCUUUCUAUUGACAGUAAAGUUUUGUAUCUGUCUCAGAUUUACUGUCUGCUUACAUGCAUUAUUCUGCUGCAGGUCUCUGUUCGGCGCCACUCCACCAUGUAUGUGGUGAACCUCCUGAUCCCCAGCUGCUUCCUCAUCACUGUGGAUCUCUUCAGCUUCAUCCUGCCCAUCCAAAACAUUGACCGGUCCUUGUUCAAGAUGACCCUCAUCCUGGGCUACACAGUCUUCCUGCUUAGCACCAAUGACCUGCUCCCUAUCACUGGAAACACCAUCCCUCUCAUCAAUGUGUUCCUGUCUCUCUGUCUGACUAUGAUGGUUACCAGUCUGAUGGAGACCAUCUUCAUCACCAAUCUUCUGCGGGGCUCGACUCACUACGCUGCUCCUCCUCUUUGGCUGAAGGUGUUUGUUCUUCGCUUCUUGGGUCAACUUGUGGGGCUUCCACCAAAGCCUGAGCCACAAGAAGACCUGGUGUUUAAGAAUCCCGACACACAAGAAAUGGCAGAUAUCUCCACAGAGUCCAAAGAGAAUGAAACGAUAGAGAGAAAGGAAACACUAAAGGAGGCUGAGACCCUCCAGGUUCUGAAGAACCUCAGCAGGGAUCUCCAGGCCAUCCACCGCCAUGUUGUCCAGCAGCUGAAGGGAAGUCCCAGCUCAGAGGACUGGAUCCAGAUCGGCCUUGUCAUCGACCGCCUGCUGUUCAUCUUUUACAUCUUCUUCAUGUCAGUCAGCUUCGUUUCCAUCAUCAUUAUCUGGGUCGCCUCAUAUUACUCUGCAUAACUUCUGGUUCGUUUUACUGCAGUUUUAUUUAGAAUUUAAUAUGUUCUAUUAAAUCACAGAUGUUACUUACUUCAGAAUAUAACUACUUCAAGUUAAAAUCAAAUCAAUCAAUCAUUGACUUACACAACCCAACUGCCAUCUUCUGUUUCUUGCAACGUCAAAAAUAUGAAUGUCCUUGUUAUCAAAUGUUUUUCUCAUGAUGUAUUUUCAAGGCAUGCUCUAUCACUGCAACAUAUUAGAUUGUGUGAAACUAAAUUUAAUUAUAUACAUUAAAAACAUUUAAUUCAAGUUGUAGUUUACUUAUCACUUUUAGAUUAUAAUGUUAUAAUGUCCUAAUGUUCCAUAAAGGAUGGCAUGUAAUUACCAAAUUGUAAAGUUAGUGACAUUCAGUUUGAAUCUCAGGAUGAAAUGAAUCAAUAUAUAAUAAAGUAUACCCAAGAGAAAAGACUCAUGCUAACAUGAAUUAAAAAUAAAUACAAAACAUUUGACAGAAGUCAAUAUAAAAUUAAAUAAAAAGUUUCCUAUCAACUUCAACCCACUCUGAGACAGUCAAAGAAAAUGAUCGGCACAUCUGAGAACCCACAAAGAAACCCCGAGGCUACAGCAU